GUUGACUUGUUUCCAUUUCAAUGGUCUUUGUAUCACUCUGCACAGACUGUUAGUCAAUACACAAGAAGGAAGGCUAUUUACUCAUUUAUUCUUCACAAGAUAAUCCCAGGGAAUGGAACAAGAUCUUAAGAGGGGAAACCUAGUGCUCUCUCUCAAGAGACCCACCUAUGGCGUGUGUUUGGUUGGGAAUGACACUAUAUUGGACAUCUAUAGGUCCGUUCCCCCCGGCGCUGACUCAUUCGAUAUCCGUGGAUCGAGUUUAAUAGAUGUGACCAUAAUAUAUAACCCCAGCAGUCUGGACAACCCACAGGCGAAGACAACAUGGCCGCUCAACAAGGGUUUGAAAGUUGUACUUUCCUCCACUGAAACCAGCCGCAAUCUAAAUGACAGCAAGGUGAAAGUUUCAUACUAUGGACAAAAUGGAAAGACUCUCUUGGGCAGCGCCGUGCUGUAUUUGACAAGCGUCGCUGUCGGCCUGGAUGCAGACGUGAAUCGAAUUGGAGCAGUGACUCUGGGAGAGAAAGACAAGGGAUCCUGGUCGUGGGGGCCUGAAGGGAAAGGUGCAAUUCUGCUAGUAAAUUGUGACCGUGACAAAGAUGCCAGUGGUGGCUUGGACUCUCAGGACGACAGCCCCCCAAAUUAUGCAGAUAUUAAAGACAUGUCUCCCAUGAUCUUGACUGCCGAGGCUCCAGAAGAGUUUUUUGAUGACCACCAAGUAAUUCUCCAAAUUGCCUCAAGUGAUGCUGACAAAUUAAGGGUCUAUUGCAAAUAUAAAUCAAAGUACAAUCAAGUCUUGGGAGUAAGUAAGCUGCGUUAUGAAGUGAAACGAUAUAGCCGGGACAUGAUACAAUUCUACGUGGAGGGACUGCAGUUCCCAGAUGCUGAUUUUGAUGGGCUUGUUUCUAUAAAUCUCUCUUUACAGAAUAGAUCAGAUAAUACUGAGCUGUAUAGAGAGAAAAUGGUUUUCAGAAUGGCGCCAUGGAUAAUGACUCCCAACACCCUGAAACCCCUGGAGGUUUAUGUUUGCAGUGUGGCCGGUAACCAAGUGUUCUUGAAACAGAUAAAGACAUUGGUGAAAAAAGCGAGAUGUAAUCUGACCAUCUGCGACCAGGUGGAGAAUCGAGAAGACCGCUGGAUUCAGGAUGAAAUGGAGUUUGGAUACACAGAAGCUCCGCACAAGCGAUUUGCAGUGGUCUUUGACUCACCGCGGAAUGGAACCCUCAAGGAUUUCCCAUUUAAAGAAAUUCUGGGACCUGAUUUUGGCUACGUGACCAAAGAACCAGAGGACCAAAAGGAAAUAAACACCCUGGACUCUUUUGGGAAUUUGGAAGUAAGUCCACCGGUGAUUGUCAAAGGGAAGUCCUAUCCUCUGGGAAGGAUCCUGAUUGGAAGUGACCUGCCAGACUCAAAGUUGCAAAUGAACAAAGUAGUGCGGGAUUUCCUGUACGCACAGAAGGUGCAGGCGCCAUUGGAGCUGUAUUCAGCUUGGCUCUCUGUGGGUCAUAUUGAUGAAUUCAUGAGCUUCGUACCUGCUCCUGACCGAAAGGGAUUCCGGUUGCUGUUGGCCAGUCCCCGAGUGUGUGUGCAGCUCUUUAAGGAGAAACAGAAGCAAGGCUAUGGAGACGCCGUCAUGUUUGAAGGGCUAGAAGCUUCUGUGAAGAUUGAACGACUCACCAUAAACCAAAUCCUGUGUGAUGAAACAUUGAAUGAGGGCUUUAACGCGGCUCAGAAAGCCAUUGAUCGAAACAGAAAGAUUAUGAAGGAGCAGCUUGGCUUGUCAGAGGAAGAUAUUAUCGAUCUCCCGAUUCUCUAUUACAAAGAGGGAAAGGGAAGCACAUUCGGUGCAUAUUUCCCCAACAUGGUAAACAUGCUGGUUCUGGGGAGUUAUCUGGGAAUCCCUAAACCGUUUGGGCCACUAAUUGAUGGCAAAUGUUGCUUGGAGGAAAAGGCAAUUAGUCUUCUGGAACCACUUGGUCUAAACUGCACGUUUAUCGAUGACUUUGAAUCCUAUCACCUGCUUUUGGGAGAGGUUCACUGUGGAACAAACACCGUGAGAAAGCCAUUCUCUACGAAGUGGUGGGAAUGCGACCUCUAACGUGAAAGAAUCCACCUGUUACCAAAAACAUUCCUUGGGAGCCUCCAAUGCUACACGUUAUCAGAAUCCCCAACUAAAUGUCCUAGCGGACCAAACAAACUCUGAUUUGCAGAGAGCUUUUCAAUCCUCAGCCAGCUUAAAGAUAUUUUACACAUAUCUAUUUUUACCUGUGAAACUUAAUGUAAGUGCCUUAAAAGAGACUCGUGUUUUAGGGAACAACAGUCCCCACUGAUCAGUCUGACUGCAAACUCCUGCUUGCCCACGGUGUAUGGAGGAGCUGUGUCGGUCUGUAAAGCGUGUGUAUAAUAUUACAGACCAGCUCUGUGUGGGUGUAACGAUCCUUGAACAUGAGAACCUGUGAAUACAUGAACACCGUUUUCCUUAAUUUAAUAAUUGGAAAUGCUGUUUGUAGUUCUAUAAAAUGUUACAUUAAAUACCUGUAAUAGGAAAGCCCUGU